AGAUUUGAUUAACAAUCUCUGCGGUUAUAAAAGAGAAUGUUUGGAAAACGAUUCGACAUAUUCCCGUUCAGACAGCUUCUUGGUACAAUGAAGGCUAUUUUGUGCACAGUGUUUCUAUUUGCGUUGGCAAACGCUCAACAAACUGGAGUUUCUACUCGAGUUUGGGAUUGCUGCAAGCCAUCUUGCUCAUGGAACGAUAAAGCAGAUGUGACUAGACCAGUAGCUAGUUGUUCAGCUGAUGGAUAUUUUGUUCUUCCUGAUCACGUGACCAGUGGCUGUGAUGCUAAUGGAACCGCAUAUAUUUGCAACAAUAACCAACCUUGGGCGAUUAACAAUCAUUUAUCUUAUGGUUUUGCUGCCGCUUACAUUGAAGGACAAGACGAACCUGAUUGGUGUUGUGGAUGUUAUGAACUGAGCUUCACUAGUGGUCCAGUUGUUGGAAAGAGAAUGAUCGUUCAAGUCACAAACACUGGAGCAUUAGGGCCUAAUCAUUUCGAUAUUCAAAUGCCUGGCGGUGGAGUAGGCGAUGUCAACGGAUGUGCUCCACAAUGGAAUGCUCCAUAUGAUGGUUGGGGAGAGCGUUUCGGUGGGGUCGGCAACAUAACAGAAUGCGAUCAACUUCCAGAGGAGUUACAGCCUGGUUGCAGAUGGAGAUUCCAAUGGUUCGAAGACGCUGACAAUCCCGAUUUUACAUUUAUACCCGUUGAGUGUCCAAUCGAAAUCACGUUAAGAAGUGGGUGCAGUCGAGUUUAAUAUGGAAUAGCGUGGUAACUUAGCUCUAGUAAGAAUGAGAAUAAAAUGAAACUAAAA